AGGAAGGCUGCAGCUGCACACAUACGCUGAUAGAGGAAGGCUGCAGCUGCACACAUGCUUCCACAAUGCAAUGUUAUUUCCGUGUAACUGUUCAUUUUGUGAUAACUAAUUUCGUUUGUGACUUAUUUGCUAAACUGCAGUCAUCUUUCUCCAUUCCUCUUCUAAAUUUGUCAACGACCAGUUAACCACCACCACGCCAACCAUCCUGUGGCCAAUGGUGCUUAAUACGUCCUUGACCAUGGCUGCUAGUGGUAACAACAUGGUUGAGAAGCAGCUGAUUGCUGCCACUCAGAUCAUUGAGCAACAGCUCGAUGCUGAGAUAGAGCGGAUGGACAACCUGGACUCAGAUGACCUGGAAAUGAUCCGUCGGGAGCGGCUGGCGGCCAUGAAAAAGAGGCAGGAUAAGAAGCAGGAAUGGAUUACCAAUGGCCAUGGUACAUACUCAGAGCUGUAUGAUGAGAAGGAAUUCUUUGAGGCCACCAAGAAGUCAGAGAAUAUGGUGUGCCACUUUUACCGGGACCAGUUUGUCCGCUGCAAGCUGGUAGACAAGCACCUCGAUAUCCUCGCCAGGAAACACAUUGAAACCAAGUUCUGCAAGAUUAAUGCAGAGAAAGCUCCAUUCUUGACUGAGCGGCUGAAGAUCCGAGUGUUACCGACCCUGUGUCUGGUGAAGAACGGCAAGACCAAAGACUACGUGGUGGGCUUCACUGAUCUAGGCAACACUGACGACUUCUCCACCGAGAUGCUGGAGUGGAGGAUUGCCCGGGCGGAUGUGGUGGAGUACCAAGGUGACCUGCUGUGCCCGCCCUCAUCCAAGUCAUCUGGUCAGAGGAUGGAUGUUCGCAAGAAGAAGACCAUCCGUGGGAGGAAUGAUGACAGCAGUGAUGACAGUGACUCUGAUUAGUGUUAGGAGUGAAUCUGUUGAGUGGUUUGCCUUAUGUGUGUCUUGAUCUCUGUCCUUUGUGCGUGGAAGGAGUGAAUUCAGGUCACAGGGCAGGGGAGGAUGGAUUAUCUUCAGGUCUGCUUUAUUUGCUGUCAGAAGAGUGUUAGGGAACACAUUUCAGAUAUUACUAUAAGUGAAAGUAUAUGAAGUAAAAAAAAAAAGUGUUAUAAGGGUGAAUGUAGCUCCCAGCACAGCUUCAGGCCAUAAUGAAAUUUAGCUCAUAGGCAAAGUGGUCAGUCAGUCCACUGGAUUUAUAGUCUUGCUGUGUUUGCUGGCUGCUUGCUGAAGAUUACUGUGCACAAACUCCUUGGUGACUGUUGGCUGUUCCUCAUAACAGCACAACAGUGACUAGUCACGUCAUUCCAUUCCAGUCCAUUAAUUUAAGGAAAUUAAUACCAUUUUACUUUUAUUACAUUUUAUUGUACAUGAUUUGUUCUGGAUACUUACACUUUAUGGUAGUUUAGUGUUGACUGGUGAUAAUUCAAAUUUUUCCAGAUUCCACAAAAUCAUAAAAUAGCAGCACUAUAUAAAGUUGAAGCCUGGCUAGUGAUACAUGAACUUGAGCCAUUUCUUGUUAGGUAUAGCAAUUAGUAUUUUCACGUAACAUGCUACUGCUGGAACUGAUUAUUAUUUAAAAUGCUUUAUAAGAAAAUACUUAAACUUUGGCUGCAGAGAAAGAAUAAUUUCCAGUCUCUUGUGUCACCUUAGGUUUGAGAUCUUAAAUCUGGAAAUUAAAGACAAACCUUUGUCUUUGUUACCAGACCUUCCAUUCCUUGCCUUGCCUUCCCCCUCCAUACAACUUUAUAGAUAGUUUUUUUUUUUUAUCAUUUCCAGUGUUCUAUUACACUCAUGCAUUCACAACAAUUUUAAUGGCAUAAUGACAUAAUGCAUAAAUUCAGACUUGCUGAUUUCAGGUUGUAAACCAUGAAGUUCAUACAGUAAGAAAGAUUUAGUUCAUUAAUGUAAAUCCACCACCUCUGUUUGGCCCAACAUUCACUGUUAUCAAUCCAGUUUUGUGCAGUGUGUGUAUGUGUGUGUGUGUAAAGAUGGUGGGAUAGCACACUAAUGCAAAACAUGCACUACUGCAGAGAGAGGCAGUAUUGUAGAAGCUAUGAUGACCAACUGAGAGAGAGAGAGAGAGUCAUAACAAUAUCAGUGAAAGGAUGAAAGAGAAUGAAAGAUAAAAGAAAUUUAGGUAAAAGAAAGAAAACCUAGAUACUUCCUUGAGACACACACACACACACACAUACACACACACAACUAUCAGUACUUCCAUAGUCCAUUCAAAUUACAAAGGUAAAUCUACACUUAAAAGGCACAACCUCUUUCCUGGUUGGGUUUACCCCCUUUCACCUGAUUAGCUGUUGAUGCAAGUACAUCAGUGAAGCUAUCUGAGGAGUUCUGUGAUUAAAAAAAAUAAUAAAAUAAAACUUACAGGAUACAGGACUGUGACUAGAAUGUAGUGAGGCUAAACAUUGUGAUAAAAUUACUUAACACACAAUUCACUCACUGUGAGAACUGCAUUGAAUUGCACUACAAAAGAGAACUUUUACAAGUAAUUACACAUUUCAAUCUGAGAAUAAUCUGUUGCUAUUUCCAGAGUAUGAAACAAUCCUACAAGUGUCCUUAACACUGGAGGUAAAGAUCACAUGACCAGGAGGCGCACACAUCUGGUGUUGGUCACAUACAGCAUCUGCCUCCUGAACACUCAAGCUAAUACUUUCCACUCCACCAUGUCAUACAACAGUGUAAUGUGCAUGCAUUAGAAGAUGUAGAAAUACUAGACGCCUUGACUAACAACUAAGUAUAGAUAUGUAUCUCUGCAACACAGCUUCCCACAUGAGGGCACAGCAAGCCUUCAGCAUCAGUGCCUAGAUAACUGGUCCAUCUGUGUGUUACAUUCCAGUCAGGGCUUGUGGAGAACCCAAUCUGAUCUGAUUUGGUUUGUCUCCCUUUAAGUUAUAAUAGUAACUGUGAAAUCCUAAAUUAUGUGGCAUAGAAAUAAUGGAAUUCCUGUAUUUUAAUGAAGAUACAAAAAAUACUGUAAACCUGUUGGUGGUAUCUGUGUGUUCAAGUGUUUUUGUUAUAUCUUUGAUACAUAAAUAUUUGUUAAUCUUUCACCUCACUCACGCACCAAACCUGUGACUUAAAUUUCUCUCAAUGUACCUCCAAUACUCUCUCCGAAUUCUGUCGUAUUUCGUUGCCAGGGACUCGCAGAUCUGUAAGCAAGGAAACACUUUGAGGAAUAAAUGAAAAGUUACAAAAAAAUAGAAUUCUAAUCACACACA